AAGAGCGCCAGUCGUGUUCCGUUAUUAUCGAGCAAUGCAUUGUGGGAUUUCAAAAUGGAGCCGACCGUAAGUGUUAUGUAGCCGUACACUGUUGUUAACGGUUGUUAAUAGGAGGAGAAACCACUUUAAGUUAACACGUACUACUCUUCUGUGACAGUGUACAACAUGGGGUUGUUGUGUCUUGCCAGGAGAGCGUUCACGUCCGCCAGAAAAUACUCCGGUCGGUAUUUGUGCGUCACGUUUCUCUCCGGUGUUUUAGCUCCAGCAGGUAUCCGUGUCAAAAGGUACAGCCAGGAGACUGUCCAGAGACAUGUCCCUGGACAGUUUGUGUGCUAUCACUUACCUCACAGGACCUUAUUUAAAAUCCAGGGACAAGACACGAGCCCGUUUCUUCAGGGGAUUAUAACGAAUGACAUGGGGCUGCUGGAGGUGCCUGGAUUCUCAGCCAUGUACUCACAUAUGCUAAAUGUACAAGGAAGAACACUAUAUGAUAUCAUGUUGUACAGUCUAAAAGAAACUGAUGCAGGACAAGGUGUUUUCCUGGAGUGUGACAGCGCAAUUAAGGACUCAAUCUUGAGACAUUUGAAGAUGUACAAGCUCCGCAGAAAGGUCAACAUAAACCCCUGUCCAGAGCUCUCUGUAUGGGCGGUGCUUUCCAAGAAAAAGAACGCAGGUCAUGAGGCCAGUAAACCCGAGCUCUCUUCCCCAGACAAAGUUCUGGUAUGGGAGACUGAUCCUCGAACUCAGGAAAUGGGCUGGAGAUUGGUAUUGGAAAGUCAAAUUGACCCCUUGGAUAUCAUUGCAUUAUGUCAGAAAGGUGACACAGAAGAAUAUCACAGACAUCGCUAUGCAAUAGGACUUCCUGAGGGAGUGAAGGACCUUCCCCCUGGGGUGGCACUACCACUAGAGUCAAAUCUUGCCUACAUGCAGGGUAUCAGCUUUAGCAAGGGCUGUUACAUUGGCCAGGAGCUCACAGCUAGGACUCAUCACACUGGGGUGGUUCGGAAACGUCUGAUGCCAGUACGCUUUUCAGCUCCAGUCCAAGGCCUCGAGGAAGGAGCUGCGCUGCAAACGCAGUCAGGCAAGCCAGCUGGGAAGCACCGAGCAGGGGUUGGAGAGCUGGGUCUGAGCCUAAUCCGCAUGGCUCAUGCCAAAGAGGUGUUGACACUCAAAUCUUCUGACGACACCACAUUGGCACUUGAGGCCUCUGUGCCAGACUGGUGGCCUAAAGAUGUGAAAAUCAACUGAAGAGGAGGGUGUUUUAUAGGUCCCUCAAAUGUGACAUACAUCGCAUCUGACAGACAUUUAUCGUAGACAGAACCCUUAAGUACAGUAUGUACUGUCAUUGUUUAACAGCUGUGUGGCACUAAUCCAUGUGAGAGCAUUUGUUUUAUUUGCAAUAUAAUCAACUGUUAGUGACUUUUCCCAAAUUGUAAUGUAUUAUUUACCACAGAAUUAUGCUGUUUAAUUUAUCUAUUGCAGCACUUUACAACAGAAUAUAUCAACAGUGAUAUGUUAUUGUUAGUUGUUGAAUAAAGCACACAAACUCAA